AUGGCUGCCACGGUGAGGAAUAUAGACUGGAGCCCUCUCCAAGCCACCUGUAGUAUGCUCAGGUCAAACUACAUCCACCACACGAUUGUCGGUGAGGUAGCACUCAUGCACUGCGAAGCUACGACGGCUUUUAAUCCAGAAUUCUCAAUCGAAAUCUGCCUUGCUGACGCAGAUGUAUCCAAAGCCGUGGGCAUACUCAAAUCAAGCAGGCUGUUUGAAGACGUCCCAGACCACGUCAUCACUCAGUCCUGUCACGAAGGGACGGCUGCCUACACCCGCUUGCAGACAGUUUGGGACGUGUCACAACCACGCAACAUUAUCCUCUUGCCACCCAGCGCCUUCUUCAACAUAUGGGGUCUUCACGGGGUUGCCAACCCGAGGCAUCAAGGGACCCGACUCCUAGGUCUUUCCGAAGAGGAUAUGGCUCGGAUCCCCUUGGCGAAUCCCCAUGAACUCUUUGUAGCAUUGGUGAACCGAAGAGUCAGCAGGCACGAUCAGCUCGCUGCACUUGCAGCAAAGCGACUGUUUGACACGGGCCAGUUGAAUGAGCAGUGGCUGAUAGAGAUCCAGCGCACCUGGGUUCGGAGGAACUACAAUCUGGCCAUGGCCCUUAUUGGGAAGACUGUCACGACGGACGAGCCGAUUCAGGUGGAGUCAAAUGACGGGUCGAGUCAUGAGCAUGCCACUGCCGAUAAUAACAAUGGUCGGAAGAGGAGGAUGGUGAUCCUGAAGAUGCGUACAAAGUGUGUAAAGGGGGAAGAGGACGGCUCCUUGUCUGAGUGA